CUCAAACACUCUGAACUCUGAAAACACAAUUACACGCCAAUGCCGAUUGCGUGGAUAUCAUGCAGUGUAAUGAAACCACUUUAAUAGCUGAUAAACACGCGAUUCACCUCCCCGCUUCCUCUUUUUGGUGUAUUCAGCUGUGUGUGUAAUCGAAAGGUUGUGUGUGUGGGGGGGGGGGAGAGACUGUAUGCAGAGACGGGGAAAACAGGAAUGUUUCUUCCGGUUCCAAACAGAGUAAAAACGGAACGGAAGCCGAUGCGGUCUUUGUAGUGUCUCGCUACACUGUUGUCCUGCCAUCUUGGCUUCCAAAAACUUGUGCCUUUUUGAACGCUGUGCACCCUAGCUCUGCUACCGGCCUCAGUUUCCCCCUGACUGUAGGAAAACCCAUCGAGACAAGAGAGAGGCCUCUGUCUCCACCAUAGCUGCUACUGACCGCUGACUGCAUGUCUCAGAGCUCUGAGCAACCCCCCUCCUCUUCCUCCUCCUCCUCCUCUUCCUCGUCCUUCCACUCCUCGUCAAGGACCCACAUACCCAAACAACUGUAGCUGCUUCAGUAAAGGCACGUUUGGCGAUCUCUCUCCCUGGACAAAAGGGUUGACCGUCGUCCCCCUGCCUGGCCUUUCAUUGGUUGCUCCUUCAGCGGGGGAGGCAGCUUUAACGCCGAGCCGCUCUCCCUGGAGAUGAAGCUGCAGGCUGUCAUGGAGAACCUGCAUAGGCAGCAGAGGGCCAAGCUGCUAAUGGAGCAGCAGCUUCAGCAGCAAGCAGCCGCACAGCACACUCAGAUCCGCACAGGUGGAGGAGGAGGAGGGGACGAGCCGAUGGGGAGCCCGGCCCCUGAGGCAGAGCAGGCCCAGAUGGCAGCUCUGGCGGCCAUGCGUGCGGUGGCUGCUGGGUUGCAGAGGGUUUCAGAUAGUCCCAUGUCAGAACGCAGCAGCGGCGGCGAGGAUGAUGACGAUGACAAUGACGAAGGGCCAGAGCAUUACAAAGACAUGAUGGGGUCGGAUGAGGAGGAGCAGAUUAAGCAGAAAUGGGACGAGGACGACUUUGAAGGCGAGAUGGAGGAAGACUUCGACGACGACUUGGCGGAAGAGGGUCUGCCCACCGGCCACAAUGCAGUAGCUCCUGGUAAGGGUAUCCUCCUGCUGCCCCAUCGUCAGCUGCAUCCGCACUCUCAGCUGCUAAAAGCCCGCCCCAGCGUCGACCAGGAGCCCCGUGUCGCCAUCCUCCCUCCGCACGCCACUCAUGGCCACCUGAGUGCACAGGACCACGGAGAAUGGACCUACGAGGAGCAAUUCAGACAGCUGUAUGAACUGGACAGAGACCCAAAGAGGAAAGAGUUUCUGGAUGCCCUCUUCAGCUUCAUGCAAAAAAGAGGAACUCCAGUGAACCGUAUUCCCAUCAUGGCCAAGCAGGUCCUGGAUCUGUACAUGCUCUACAGACUGGUGACGGAGAAAGGCGGCCUUGUGGAGGUCAUCAACAAGAAAUUAUGGAGGGAGAUCACCAAGGGACUCAGCCUGCCUACCUCAAUCACUAGUGCAGCUUUCACCCUCCGCACACAAUACAUGAAGUACCUGUACCCAUAUGAAUGUGAUAGAAGGGGUCUGAGUAACCCCAAUGAGCUCCAGGCAGCCAUCGACAGUAAUCGGAGAGAGGGCCGGCGCCAGAGCUUCGGCAGCUCCCUCUUCACGUACUCGCCCAACGGGACGCCCACCAUGCUCUCCUCACCCAAGCUCCCUAGCUCCAGUAUGGGCAUGACUGUUGGCACCAACGGGGCUUCACUGACCCCCAUCCAUAAGAUCAAGAAAGAGGAGGGAGGCCAUCCGUUGCAGGGGAUCAGUAUGGCUCGUCUGCAGGCAGGGGCCUUGGCAGGACACUCGGUGGCUGCUGUGCAGGCAGCAGCAGCAGCUCAGGCAGCGAUGGCUGCUCAGGUGGCUCAGGUGGCGGCUCUGGAGCAGCUGAGGGACAAACUGGAGGCUGGCGAGCCACCGGAGAAGAAGAUGGCACUGCCAGCCGAGGACCACCACCGACUGCUGCAGAGAGCGCUGCAACAUAACCUGCUGGCAAUGACGGCUCAGAUACCCAUGAACAUCCGCAUCAACAACCAAGACAGCAGGCAGGACUCUGCUCUGAACCUCACCACCAACGGCACAAGCAGCAUCAGCAUGUCAGUGGAGCUCAAUGGAGUGGUUUACACUGGCGUUCUUUUCGCUCAGGCAGCAGUGGGUUCAGUCUUCUCCGGUGCGUCCGGUUCGUCCCUCUCCAACAAGUCAGUCAGCAGUCGUGUCGCUCCUCAGCAGCAGCAAAACACACCUACCUCAACCUCAACCUCAACCUCCAGCAACUCAUUGUCUUAACAACCCUCUGCCUUUACCCUUUGCUAUUAUUAUUUUUUUUAAUUACCACGCUAAACAAAGCCAAAAAGCAACCUCAUUUUCUACAUAAUCUAUGCCAAAAAAAGAGAAGCACCGUAAACUUUAACAGAAAGACAAAAAAACUGAAACUCAGAUCACUUGAAGUACACUAUCUCAGGUUUUCUCUCACCAACUCACCUCUUUUGUUCUUCAUAGCCAAAAUGAUCUCGGACAAAAAAAAAAGAACGACGUCUCAACUGAGAGCCAGUAUAUGCUAAACAAAUAUGUAUGCACAACCUGUGAAUUAUUUAUUUCUGCAUAAAUGUACAGAUUCUUGGAACAAAAGAGAAGUUAAUAACUGGGAAGGGUAAUGCACUGUUUACACACAGAAACACAGCUACUGAUUGACAUCGAUGUUUUAUCCUCUAGAGGAGAGAUAUUUUUAUUUUAUUUUAUCUUUUCAUUGUCAUUAUUAUCAUUAUUGUCAUUCUCUUUAUUGUGUUUAUCAUUCAAAUCUUUAACCAUCCUCUCACUGCAGGAAAAAAAAUAUCUAUAUAUUUAGAAUUCUAAAAAAGAAAAUAUGAAUAUCCUCUAUUUUAAUCAAAAUAGCUUUAAAGGUUUAUGGUUUUUUUUCUUCAGGGCAUAAAACAAUGUACCGUUGUGACCUCAUUUUAUGUAAAACCUUAUAACCUUAUUCACAUGGCAGCCGUUACGGAGCUGUGUGUGGAAGAGCGAGUCUGGUGUCAUCGAUUCACCAGUGAAACACAAAUGUAAUGCAACUGGGUUUAAGAAUCUGCAGGGAUAUUGAUCGACUUGGUAACACAUUUAAUCUAUUAUCAACCGCUGCCAGAGUAAGGAGUAGCUAAUUAGCCAGAAUGCUGCGUAGCUGCUAAUGGUCAAGCAGUUGUCGUGGUUCUUCCUCCUGAGAUAACUGGCUGAUUUAUAUCUUAAAGUCUUUGCCUGUUUGUUGACGUAAGGCCAGUUCAAUGCAUAUCUAUGUCGAUCUUGCAGGUAGUUUGUCAAGCUUGGUGUUCAAAGAGGUUAUUUGUAUGAGUGAACUAAAUGAACUAAAGCUUUUCUUAAGCUUUUUUUCUCCCCAAGCGCUGGACUGUCAGAGACUGUUGCUGUUGUGAAUAAUACACAUGUUUCUCAGGUGUCUGUCCUCUCAUCUCUUUGACAGAGCAAUGCUUUUUUAACUUCAUCCUUGGCAGAAAGAUCAAAAAAAUUAUCCUUUCACUAACUUGGCCUUCUCGAGGAGUGAUUGUCUUAAGAUUACAUGCAUGCCCAUAUUUGUACAUAAAGCCCCUCAGGAGUGAAACAGGAAAGCUGUCAUUUCCUGUCUUAAAUUCACAGAAGUUGUUCAUCCACUAAACGUAUUACUGUGGAGACUCACGUGGACAAUCAGGUGUCUGGAGCAGCUUUCUGAGCUUCAGAAGAAACUUUUCUCGACAGUUAUUUCAGCUGACAUUUUUUGUGCUUUUUUUUUUGUAUCAUAGAUUACGGAUGCUUUUCUUUCAGCUUUGUGUUUUGCAUGACUUAGGGCUUCUUCUGAUCCAAGUGCUUGAUGUCCUGAGCUGUGACAAGGACAGGGUCUCCUUGAGACUAGCUUGCCACCGGAUCGAGGAUAUAACGGAGAAUGUCUUGUGAUCCUCUGACUGUUUUUUAUUGUUGCUUCAUUUGGGGCGUUUGACAAUGUGAGCUCAAGGUUAAUCAGAGCUGCAGCUGAGCGCUGUGUCACUGCAGUGUAUUAAAGAAAAAUCAGCCACAGUGGAGAUACCAUAUCACUCAUUUGUAGAAGUGCAUUUAGAAGCAGAUCAAUCAUUGAGCUUUUUGAACUUUUAACCUGUGUUACCUCUCUGGACUGUUGGCUGCUGACGAUUGUUACUCACUCCCCUCACCCAUCCCUGAGCCCACCGCUACGCAAAGCAGCCUCAUUCCUACUGUUGGGAAGUAAAUCAGGCUUUGUAUGUGGGUUGUGUUCGGAGGCCUUGACUCAGCAUGAGAUUUCCGUAGAAGGAGCAGUACCUCUGACUAAUCACUUUUUACUGUUCAAGUCAAAUAUCACCUGCUGCAGCUUUGAUUCAGAACUCUUCUCUUGGUGGGAAAUCUCCACCAGCUGCUACACAAACACUGUUCAGGUUUAAACUGCAGACUACUGUCGUUCAGAGACAUAUGCAGACAUCAGAUGCUGUUCUUAUGAUUCAGCAUGCUUCUCAUGAUACUUUACUCGGAUUCAGGAAACAUUUUGUUCAUUUGUUUAUUUGGCAAGAUCUCAUCUUGUUGAAUCUGACAUCAACAUUUUCCUCACAAAGACGACUUAUUAAAAAAAGCCUUGGCUGAAGUAUGUAACAGGCUUGUAAGCUAAUGGACCUUAAAUGUAUGCCUUAUUCUGAUCGUAAAUGAUUGUCACAGACCAAACAGAAUUGGAAAGAAAACAUGCCUUCAUCAAACUAUAAGUUUGAACAAUCAAAAGGGAAAUGUACUUUCAGUAGAUUCAAAUAUAAAGCCUGUUAAAUUCAUUUUAUUUAAAGGCAUUUUCAUAUCUAAUUUCUAGUUAUUUCAAUAACAUGAAAUCUAAUGAUUUCCUCAAGCCUCAUAUGGAAAUAUUUGCUCCUCUACUAGUUAGCAUUUAGCAGGAUUGUUGUUUCUUGGGUUCUAUAUUUCUCUUCAUUGUGAUUGAAGAUUUAGCGUUAUCCUUAUUUAUAAGGCUGCUCGGUCACUAAGGUUUUUUUUUUCAGCUCUAUUACAAAGGCUAGCUUAUUAUUUUCAAAUAAAAUACACUCUAGGUGGUACAGUAAUAUAUAUCAUAAGUUAUUACAUUAAAUAGUAAGGUUCUUUUCUACGUUUGUGAGUAAAGCAACAUAAUCUCUACUGUGAUGGUGGUGUGCACAUGCUGUUCAAACUGUGUACUGAGCUUUGACAAUAAGACAUUUAAAAAGAAAACGGAUUUUAACCCCAUUUAAAUUGUUGAGCUUUAUUGCUUUUUGAUUCACUUGCGCGAGCAGAUGCUGCUUUAAACCUAAUAUAUAACUAAAAGAAGUGUUUUUCCUGCUAGAACACAGAGAGCCCAGCAGGUCUCUGUCUUCAGGGGGAGCAGAUGUCACAGUUGCUUGAAGUGACUGACAAUCAAACAGAGACCUGCUCUGGCUGAAAGCAUUAGCUCGAGGGGGAGGCCGGUUGAGAUGGCUAAAUUAAAUCAAUACUGAUCUAAAGGAUCAACACUGCUUUUCUUAGAUUUGACCCUGUGACCUUUUGGCCUAUGAGGCAACAUUCAAGCACCUGCCCCCUUCAAUGGAUCCAUGUUUAUCGUAUAACCGUCGAUCGGCUUUGUGAGAUAUUUGUAUAUGAACAGUGGAGGUACUGCAGCUCGCUCGCUCUCUCUCCUUCAGUUUGUGCACGGCAAUCAUUUCAGGGAAGGUUGGCAUCUUGUUAAUUCUGCGUUAGGGACAAUCAGAUGUUAUGACAACACUGUAUACCUCCAAACACACUUUGACAUCCCCUCAACCCCCGGUCGAAGCCCUGUUCCUACCUCAAAAACCAACGCUUUUUGUUGAUGUCUUUGCUUUUCCCACAACAAAGAAGCUUUUUGAAGGUUUAUGCAGGAAAACCUCAUGCAACGUUGUUGAUAAUGGUUCAUAAAGACUAUUCUGACGAUGUAAGAGAUUGCAGUGAACACAGACAAUCAGAUAUCUGCUUAAUAAUUUAACCUUUAAUCAAUUUAAUUUAUGCAAAUGGAACCUGGGAUGGCAGUGAAGGCCAUGUUUCAGCUCAAGCUCUUACCUCCUUACCAAGCGCUCCCUCUAGUGGAAGGUUUUGUUAUGACGCACAAUCAGUUUCCUGAAAAGACAUAAUAUCAGUGUUCAUAUCUUCCUUUUCUUCGAGUGUUUCCAGUCUUUUGUUCUUGUUAAGGCUACAAAGCUCUUGAAACAGUAUUGAGAUCAUCACAGGGCAGUGAAAUACUCCACUGGAAACCGACUCUGUUCAAGACAAUAAUCCUGAAAAAAGAUCAUUUACUCUUGCAAAAGAAAAUGCAGCAAGUCAAUCAAUAAUCAAAUGUCUGUUCUGAACAGGUGUUCCUUUAUGUCAGAUUUAGCUGAUGUUUAAGGGAGGAACAAUCAAACUAAGAAAACUCUGUUAGUCAUACAACUGUUCUUCUUUUUUUUUAAACAGAUUUUGGUUUAUUUCUCUCUAAAUGCUGUCAGCUUCAUCCAUGUGUCUUCUUUGUGCUGAUUUAACUCAUAGGACUUGCAAGUGGUGUAACAAUGGACAAUGCUUUCUGUCUGCAGUUCUUUGUUAUAUUUGUUAUUGUGUUUCAAUAUUUAUGUGUGCAGUUAAGAAGCUGGGAAUUCAUUCAAAGUGCUGUCGUCUGGCUAUAACCAUGACUAAGCUGGAUUCAUUUUCUUCACAUUUUCUAAAGCGAAAUGUUUUGGAGUUUGGUUUCCUGACUAUAUGCAGUUGUAGAAAAAGAAAAAUCAAGCUUUUUAAGGGGCUAUCUGAGCUUCCAAUCAACACAAACCCGCAACCGUUUGCUUGCUUGCUCUGUGUCAAAAAAUGUCAUUUGAAAGAAAGUCAUUGACGGAAUCUGCUGCUUUACUUCCCACCAGAGCUGUAACUUCAUGAACUUCUGUAUAUAAGAAAAAAAGUGAGUCUGACUCCUGGUCACUCAUGUUGGGGAUGUGGACAUUGGCUGGAACAUUUAUGGGUCAGGGUGCAUGUGGGCUUUUGAAUGGACUUCAACACUGACUCAGGUGGACACAAGAAACAUUAUGAGAAAUAACAAGAUGCCUUCUGCUGUGACAAUGGUUGUAUGAAUUAACCUUUAUUACGAAGAUUCAUUAAAUAGAAUAUUUCUGAAAAUGGCUUUUUUUUUUUUUUUUUUAGGGCUGUGAAUUAUAUUAUGUUUAUAAUUGUUUUAUUGCUCUUUCUUUGCUUUUUUUUCUGCUGAAUUUGCUGAAGCAGCCCCGUCACACAGAGAUUACAUUUAGAUCGUAGCGAUAAUGAUGACGAUGAAAAUGUGAUGAUUUUAAGGAAGCAUGUGAUGUGUGUGUGUGUGUGUGUGCGAGUGAGUGAGUGUGAGGGGGGCUUUCAUGUAUCUUCAAGUUAACUUCAGAACUGAAUCAAGACCCUUGUCUUUCACAACUUCUCAGGAAAAUCUACCUCUACCUCUAGUUUGAUGCAUUUAACCCAGGAAGGGCUCACGUUACAGUUAAGCCUGUACACAGAGAGGAAGAGAUGACAGGCGCCAUGCAGGGUUCAGAAUAAACUUCCACAUAGCAGCACAUUACUUUAGAUGUAGCUGUAAUCUCAUGAACCACAUGAAAUCAUAUUGAAAAACAAGUAUUUUGUUGAGUCUCUAUUGUCUUGGCUGGAAACAAAGCAAAAGAUGUAUUUGUCGUCAUGUCGGUGCGAGCUAAGACGUUUAUUUUGGACACUGUUGCUUUCUGUCUUUCUCUGUGUAUCAGGUUUGUAAUGCUUCUGCUGUUAAAUUUAUUUAAGCAUCAACACAGGGAACCUCCAGCUCAAAUACUAAUACUUCAUACUAGUACUGCCGCUAGUACCACUGUUAGUACUGCAACUUUUCUUUUCAGUCUAUUCUAUUCAUGUGUGCUUAUUCCUUCUUUUUCUAUACAUGAUUUAAUUUUUUGAUGAAUGGGAUGUUUCCCGGUAACCACAGGAACAGUGAAGUGGCAGCGGGCAAUGCAACUUUUUAUUUUUAUUUUAUUUUUCUUUAUUUUUGAAGGGUGGAGAGCUAUUCUUUCCUAUUUACUCAACAUGUGUUUGUGUGAAUACUUUUAUUUUGAAUCUGAAAUGAAUAAAAUAUCACAUUUCUCAAAUGUCACCACA